UGAUGCUUGGCGGGAAAUUGCAACCGGAAAGUCGUGUGGUUCUUGUUAUUGUUUUUAUAAGAAGCUCUCCAACGAUAUGAAAUUGGAAAUAGCGGGCAAAAUAUACUGCAGAUUUCAUAAACCUGUUGUGAAACGCAUUAUUUAGCAUAACACCAAAAUGCUCUGCAUUUUAGUUUGCUAAUCUUUAAUGGUUAAUCUGAAUGGGCUGCAUCUAGCUAGCUGAUCUUCUACUGGUUUAGUAUAAUACGUCCUUUUUAAAAUCGGUUACUUUGCUUUCUUAACAUAAACCUACAACAAUGGCCGAUGCGUUUUCCGAAGCAAGUGACAGGAGUGAGGAUGACAGCCAGGAUGUAAUGACCCCGGCAGAGCUGAUUGCUAAGUUGGAACAGGCCUGGCUGAACGAGAAGUUUUCCCCUGAGCUAAUGGAGAGUAAGUCUGAGAUCGUGGAGUGUGUGAUGGAGCAGCUGACCCACAUGGAGGGGAAUCUGCAGCGGGUGAGGAAAGGUGAUAUCAAGGCCAGCAUCCACCGGAUGGAGAUAGACCGGAUCCGUUUUGUCCUCAGCAGCUACCUCCGUUCCCGGCUUCGAAAGAUAGAGAAGUACUUCCCUCACAUCUUGGAAAAGGAGAAAUCCCGCGCCGAAGGAGACCCGUCCUUUCUGUCCCCGGAAGAGUUCGCCUUUGCCAAAGAGUAUCUGGCAAACACAGAAUCUUACCUGAAGACUGUUGCUCUAAGACACAUGCCACCCAAUCUGCAGACUGUGGACAUGCUGAAAGCCGUGCCCAAGCCCUGUCUGGAUUCUUUUGUGUUCCUGCGUGUCCACGAGCGUCAGGAGAACAUUCUGGUGGAACCUGAGACAGAUGAGCAGAGGGAAUAUGCCAUUGACCUGGAGGAAGGCUCCCAGCACCUAAUGCGAUACAGCACUAUAGCACCCCUAGUGGCCAGUGGAGCAGUGCAGCUAAUAUAGGAGUUUCUCCUCCACGUCCCCAGUGAAGAGGCUGGUUGAUUUCUUACAGCCGGAAUCCAUUGAGGUUCUGUUCAGUCGAAUUGAAUGUGGCGUCUGAGUCAGUCUGGACGCGUGAAGAACGCUUGGCUGUCAUUCUGUCAGGCCAACCUGGACUCCACAAAGUGCGCAGAUCUGAGGUCGACCGACCAAAUCAUCCCCAUCUCAACGGCCUGUGUUCCUGAUGGUCUUCACUUCGAUGGAUCCUCCCUUUCCCCGAUCCUCUAGCACAUAGACAUGGUAAUGGACGUGAUUGGACAUAAUUGGCUGAAUCAGGUGUGUUGCAGGCGAAGUACCAAAAAUGGCUGGGAAUAGGUAGGAGCCAAUGGACUAACAAGUAUCAGCUGUUCUUCAGCAACAGACAGCAUUGUGAAGGAUUUUGUUUUUAUAUCCUGUGAUGUACCAAUGCUGGUAACAGUGUAUGACCUCUGUAAUAAACUGCUUUUCAUGAAUAUUUA